GAAAAGAGAAAGAAAAGCAGAGAAAAGAAGAAAGAAAAGCAGAGAAGAAAAGAAUGAAGAAGUGUGAGCUGUGUGAAGGGUUGGCUCGAAUGCACUGCGAAUCAGACCAAGCAAACCUGUGUUGGGACUGCGACGUGGAGGUUCAUGGUGCCAAUUUCCUCGUGGCGAAGCACAGCCGGACCCUCCUCUGCCGUGUCUGCCAAAACCCAACUCCCUGGCUUGCCUCGGGUCGCAACCUCAGCCCUGCUGUCUCUGUUUGCGAGUCAUGCGUCGGCAACAACAACAAGAAAAACAACGGCAGUAUUUGUGAAGUGACUGAUCAGCAGGAAGAGUCAUCCGAGGAAGAAUAUGAAGACGAUGAAGAAGAAGAAGAAGAAGAAGAAGAUCAUGAAGAGGAGGAGGAGGAGGAGGAAGAGGAAGAGGAAGAGGAGGUUGAAGAUGGGGAAAAUCAAGUGGUUCCAUGGUCAGGGGAUUCUUCUUCUUUUUCGAUGUCAAAGCCGGUGUCUAGCUUGGAUUCUUUGAGUAGCAGUGAAGGUGGUGAUGGUGGUGGUUUACGAUUGAAGAGGAUGAGAGAGCAUCUAAGUUUUUACUCUGAUGAUGAGUUUGGGUGCUCCUCAUCUCAUGUGGGCUCAGGAGGGUCAACCAAUGGGGAAGCAACAUCUAUGGGCUCAUCAAGGUUAUCGAAGCAACCAAGAUUAUGUGAAGUUAAUCAAUCAGCUAGAAAUCAAGAUCACAGUGAAACAGAGUCAAGAUCAACUGCUAUAAUCAGCUCUUUGAAAAGACUUCAAAACCACAUGAUCACCAAUGACAAUGAUGCAUCAGCUACAAUCCUCGGGAUCUGCAGGUUGAGCAGAGAUCAGAGCCCUUUAGAUUUCACUUCCCACUAAUUCUCUUAUUCAAUCCUAACCCACACAAAUUACAAUCCCCUGAGGUAGUUCUUCCUGUUUUUGGAAAUAUUUCAAUUUUCUUUGUCUUCAUUGUGGAAAUUGGUGGAAUUUGCUUUCCUCUUUUGUUUUUUUUUUUUUGGGUGUCAUGAUAAUAGUUGCAAUGUUGUAAUUUUGCUUACAUUUUUUUUAGUAAUAUUAUGUAUUUUUCCAUUCAAGCA